GUCCUGUUCAGCACCUCUGUGGCCUUGGCACCCACCAACACCCCCAUCCACCUCCAGGUCCUGUCUCUGCCCAUCGUGGUCAUUGUCCACGGGAACCAGGACAACAACGCCAAAGCCACCGUGCUGUGGGACAACGCCUUCUCCGAGAUCGAGCGGGUGCCCUUCGUGGUGGCCGAGCGGGUGCCCUGGGAGAAGAUGUGUGACACCCUGAACCUGAAGUUCAUGGCAGAGGUGCAGACCACCAAAGGGCUCCUCAAGGAGCACUACUUCUUCCUGGCCCAGAAGAUCUUCAAUGACCACAGCGCCAGCCUCGAGGACUUCCAGAGCCGCAACGUCUCCUGGGCCCAGUUCAACAAGGAGAUCCUCCCUGGUCGGGGAUUCACCUUCUGGCAGUGGUUUGAUGGAGUCCUCGACCUCACCAAGAGAUGCCUCAAAAGUUACUGGUCAGACAGGCUCAUCAUUGGCUUCAUCAGCAAGCAGUACGUCUGCAAACUGCUGAGCACGGAGCCGGACGGGACCUUCCUGCUCCGCUUCAGCGACUCCGAGAUCGGGGGCGUCACCAUCGCCUACGUCACCCGGGGCAAGGACGGCUCCAGCCAAGUGGAGAACAUCCAGCCCUUCUCUGCCAAGGACCUCUCCAUCCGCUCCCUCGGCGACCGCAUCCGGGACCUGGGGCAGCUCCGCAACCUGUACCCCAACACCCCCAAGGACCAGGCGUUCGGGAGCCACUACAACAAGGAGCAGACGGGCAAGGACGGCCGGGGCUACGUCUCCACUGCCAUCAAGAUGACGGUGGAAAGCGAAAGGGACCAGGAGCCCCCGAGCUCCAUGGGGGCCCCCCCAGCCCCGAUGUUCCCUGUGCCUGUGCCACAGCCCGAGAGCCUGCAGCCACUGCCAGGCUCCCUCUGCCCCCCCACUCCCUUCUGCCCCCAGCCCGUCCCCCCGGGCUACCCUGAGAGCAACAUGAACGUGAUGGUCCCUGACAGCCUCACCCCCUUCCCCAGGACACCUCCAAUUCUCCCACCCUCCCUGAGUAUGGACCCUGCACUGCCCCUCUGCCAGGACCCCACCUUCGGGAACCCUGGGUAAGACCUGGCACGU